AUGCGCAUUGUGAAUAAGGGAGCAGACUAUUAUCUCAUUCUUGGUGUCACUGAAAGUGCAACGCUUCAUGAUCUCCAUAAAGCCUACCGGAGAGAGGCUUUAAGAUAUCAUCCAUUAAUAAAUAAGGACAAAUGUGAAGACACUUUCGAACAGUUUAAAUGGAUUUCUGAAGCCUAUGAGGUUCUUAAAAACCCAAUUCUUAGAGCACGUUACGACCAAUACGGCGAAGUUGGUCUUAAGAAUGGCAUUCCUGGGGAUGUCAGGAAACCUGUUAAAUUUAUUUAUCAUGAUGAUCCAUACAAAACGUUUCAAGAAUAUUUUGGAGACUGGAAUCCUUUCAAAGAAAUUGAUAAUAAAAUUGCCUUCGAGAUAUCUCAGAAUUUCAGUUUUUCGGGGUGUUGUAGUCACGUAAAGAAAGCGGAUCCCGCAAUAGUCCCUCUCCAACUUACUCUGGAAGAAAUUUAUAAUGGCUGUCUCAAGAAGGUGUCUGUUGAUUAUAAGGCAUUUGAUAAAGAUUGUCAAACAACGAAUAUUAAGAAGAAAUCAUUUACUUUGGUUGUUCAACCAGGUUUUAAAGAGAAAGGCCGACUAAUUUUUUCUGGAGAAGGAAAUCAAGGGGCAAACGUGCUGCCUGGUGAUAUUAUUUUUGAAGUUACUGCUUUGGAGCACCCCUUCUUUCGACGUGAAGGACUCGAUCUUUACCAUACAGAAAAGAUCCAUGUCGGCCAAGCACUGCUUGGAUGCGUUGUUGAUAUUCAAACUUUAGAUAAUCGACUUCUUCAUGUUCCAAUUUCAAACGUCAUCAGGCAAGUUAUUUGA